AUGGCUAUCGGAGUUACGUUAGGUCUGUUUAGCUGACUUUGAAUCAUUUAUAAGUCGUUUUUAAGGUUGAUCACAUGUCAGAUAAAACCGUAAAACGUCCAGGAGUUGGGGUCGGGGUGCUGGUAACAGACUCAACCCACCCAGGCUGUGUUCUCCUUGGGAAACGGAGGAGCGCGAUGGGCAGAGGGACGUACCAGCUGCCCGGCGGCCACCUGGAGUUUGGAGAGACGUGGGAGGAGUGUGCUCACAGAGAGGUGCUGGAGGAAGCUGGGGUGCGUCUGGUGAACGUCUGCUUUGCGUCAGUGGUGAACUCCAUCAGACUGGAGGAGCAGUACCACUAUGUCACCAUAAUCAUGCAAGGAGAACUGGACAGGAAGCAGUCAGGAGAGCCGGAGAACCUGGAGCCAGAGAAGAACGAGGGUUGGACGUGGACGCAGUGGGACCAGUUUCCUCCAGAGGAGCAGCUCUUCUUGCCGCUCGCCUGUCUGAGACAACAAGGCUUCCAGCCGUUCAGGAACACAUUAACAAGCACUGAAAGUUAA